UGGGGAGGAGAAAGGGCGGCCCCGGCAGCGGCAGCCUCGUCGCGUUACGGACCCCGCCCUGCGCCCGGCAGGCUCCGCUCCAGCGCCGGCGGGGAUCGGCGCGUUUCCCCCAGGACCCCCGAGGCAGAUCAGCCACAGACAUGAUGAGCACCAAGGCCUUCACCCUGGUCCCCGCCGUCGAGCGGGAGCAGCUGAUGGGCGACAGGGAGCGGGUGUCGCUGGAGUGCGUGGAGUGCUGUGGCCGGAACCUGUACGUGGGCACCAGCGACUGCUUCGUGUACCACUUCCUGCUGGAGGAGAAGACCGUGCCCGGCGGGUCCUCCACGUUCAUGGCCACCAGGCAGCUGCAUAGACACCUGGGUUUCAAGAAGCCGGUGAAUGACCUGCGGGCGGCGUCGGCCCUGAACCGGCUGCUGGUGCUGUGCGACGGCUCCAUCACCCUGGUCCACAUGCUGAGCCUGGAGCCCGUGCCCUCAGGCGCCCGCAUCAAGGGGGCCACGGCCUUUGCCUUGAACGAGAACCCAGUGAGCGGGGACCCCUUCUGCGUGGAGGUCUGCAUCAUCUCCAUCAAGCGCAGAACCAUCCAGGUGUUCCUGGUGUACGAGGACCGCGUGCAGAUCGUCAGGGAGGUGUCCACGCCGGAGCAGCCCCUGGCGGUGGCGGUGGACGGCCACUUCCUGUGCCUGGCCCUGACCACCCAGUACAUCAUCCUCAACUACAGCACGGGCGUCGCCCAGGACUUGUUUCCGUUCUGCAGCGAGGAGAAGCGGCCCAUCGUCAAGAGGAUCGGGAGACAGGAGUUCCUCCUUGCGGGCCCCGGCGGACUGGGUAUGUUUGCUACGGUGGCCGGGAUAUCUCAGCGCGCACCCGUGCACUGGUCGGAGAAUGUGGUCGGGGCGGCCGUCUGUUUCCCGUAUGUCAUCGCCCUCGACGACCAGUUCAUCACCGUUCACAGCAUGCUGGACCAACAGCAAAAGCAGACCCUGCCCUUUAAGGAAGGCCACAUCCUCCAGGAUUUUGAAGGAAGAGUGAUCGUCGCCACAGGUAAAGGAGUUUACAUCUUGGUUCCGUUACCUCUGGAGAAACAAAUACAGGAUCUUCUAGCAAGCCACAGAGUGGAGGAGGCCCUGGUUCUAGCGAAAGGCGCCCGCAGGAACAUCCCAAAGGAAAAAUUCCAGGCCAUGUACCGGCGCAUCCUGCAGCAGGCGGGCUUCAUACAGUUUGCACAGCUUCAGUUCCCGGAGGCUAAAGAACUCUUCAGAAGCGGCCAGCUCGACGUGCGGGAGCUGAUCUCCCUGUAUCCCUUCCUGCUGCCCACGUCCUCCUCGUUCACCCGGUCCCACCCUCCUCUGCACGAGUUCGCAGACCUCAACCAGCUGACCCAGGGCGACCAGGAGAAGGUGGCCAAGUGCAAGCGCUUCCUCAUGAGCUACCUGAACGAAGUCCGCAGCACGGAGGUGGCCAACGGCUACAAGGAGGACAUCGACACGGCCCUUCUCAAGCUGUAUGCGGAGGCCGACCAUGACAGCCUGCUAGACCUCCUCGUCACUGAGAACUUCUGUCUGCUCACCGACAGCGCCGCCUGGCUGGAGAAGCACAAAAAGUACUUUGCACUGGGACUGCUCUAUCAUUACAACCACCAAGACGCCGCUGCCAUUCAGCUGUGGGUGAGCAUCGUGAAUGGGGAUAUUCACGACUCCACGCGCUCAGACCUGUACGAGUACAUUGUGGACUUCCUCACCUACAGCCUCGACCCGGACCUCGUGUGGCAGUACGCGGACUGGGUCUUGCAGAAAAGUCAGGAGGUCGGAGUUCAGGUUUUCACCAAGAGACCUCUGGAUGAACAGCAGAGUAGAUUUAACCCAGAUGAUAUCAUCAGUUGCCUUAAGAAAUACCCUCAAGCCCUAGUUAAGUACCUGGAACACCUCGUCACGGACAGGAGACUGCAGAAGGAGGAGUACCACACGCACUUAGCCGUCCUCUACCUGGACGAGGUGCUGCAGCAGAGGCCCGGCGCCAGCGGCAAGGAUGCAGAAGUGACUGAGACACAGGCAAAGCUACGACGCCUGCUCCAGAAGUCUGAUUUAUACCGAGUACACUUUCUGCUGGAUAGGAUCCGGGGCGCCGGGCUCCCCAUGGAGAGUGCCAUCCUGCACGGGAAGCUGGAGCAGCACGAGGAAGCCCUGCGCAUCCUGGUCCACGAGCUGGCAGACUUCCCGGCGGCAGAGGACUACUGCCUGUGGCGCUCGGAGGGCCGGGACCCGCCGUACCGCCAGCGGCUCUUCCACCUGCUGCUGGCCGUCUACCUGGGCCCCGGCCCCUCCGCGCCCGAGCUGGCCGUGGCUGCCGUGGACCUCCUGAACCACCACGCCGCUGAGUUCGAUGCGGCCCAGGUCCUGCAGCUGCUGCCGGGCUCGUGGUCGGUGCAGCUGCUCUGCCCGUUCCUGACGGGGGCCAUGAGGGACAGCAUCCACGCCCGGAGGACCACUCAGGUGGCCGUGGGCCUGGCCAAGUCCGAAAACUUGAUCUACAAAUAUGACAAGAUGAAGCUGAAAGGAAGCUCAGUUCGGCUGUCAGACAAAAAGCUUUGCCAGAUGUGCCAAAACCCCUUUUGCGAGCCCGUGUUUGUUAGGUACCCCAACGGCGGGCUCGUCCACACUCACUGUGCGGCCAGCAGACACAUGCACCCCAACUCCCCCAGCCCCGGGGCUCGGACUUGAAGAGGCCGGGCCAGGGGCCUUACCAAGCCAGCCGGGGGCACAGAGCGGGAGGCUGCUGUGCUCAUGUCAGCCGUCAUCUGGUGCUGGGGCACCCAGUCCACGGGAAACGGGAGGCAGCCGACCCCUACAUCGGAUGGAAAGGGGCAGUCCCCAAAAUAGAGACGCCAGGUUCACCCGUCCAGGGACAUCGCCACCCAAAACAGACGUCUGCUCUGAAAGGAAAGGAGACUUCCUGUGCCACCCGGACAAACUGGACCUCCCACCCAAGCCCCAAUCUGUAGACACGUAUUUGCACUGGAAACAUCUGCUCUGGUGGCACAGGGGGUACCGCAUCCCGGCGGACGAGCGGUCAGGGUGCAGAGCUCUUCAUCCUCAGCGUCCCGGCCACUGGGUCACCUCGGGGGCUCUGCCUUUGCCCUUAGGGACAGCUGAUCUUAGGGAGGUAGUUUUGUUCCUUCCCACUUCCUGUCUGGCUCCCAACCCCUAAAAGAUCCUCCUGGGUACCCAGGCACUCCUUUGGGGUAAAUUCAUUCACUUCUGGCUGCCUCGCGAGUGAAGGCCCCGAGGAGCUGCUUGCAGGUCUGGAGUCGACAGCGGGGGCAGGAACCCACAGUGUGUCACCCACCGGUUUGAAACUCCACGAUUAACAUGUUUGAUUAGAACUUUUUAUUUGAUGUUAUAUCCUCUUUUGUGAUUUUCCUCUCUUUUGGAAAUUCACCUCUGUCACGUUCAUUAAGAACGUUUUUCCUUGUUAAAAUGUACCCCCCAUUGAUUCCUCGGGAAAUGAAAAGGGAAAGGUCGUGAGCACAAGCCAGGGUGGCUGGUGGUCACCUCCAUGCUGGCCGGGGCAGGCCGUGGGUGACAGCUGCCCCGCGAGAUAGGGACGUCACCCUUCCUGAGGGACUGCCCCCACCACAGGGAAGUCCGGCAGGCUGCCUUACCUCCAGCACUUUACAUGCCUGCUCUGCGGCUUCCUGGCCACACCGGACAGACGCCUCCCUGCAUCUCAGACCCCGCAUCCCUUCUACAUCUCUGUCCAGCAUCGCGGAGAAGCUGAUGCUGUUGUUACUUCACUGCCCUCUUCUGAAUUUCUUCCUGGUGAUUAAUGACCUGAUCGGAGACUAAGAAGAAAGAUGCCGCACCCCCUGCCGUGACGCUUGGCAAACGCACAUCAGCUUGUGUGUGAGGAGUGGACCCUGAGAUCUGGCCCCUCUCCUUCAGCCCAGGCCUUACAGAUGGGGUGGAGAGUUCGUCCUCCCUCCUGUAAAAACACUUUCUGUACUGAUCAUGGUCGGUGUUCUCUUUCCUCUUGUGAUUCCAAGGGGGGCCAGAAAGCAAAGGCAUCCAUGCACUUUUCCCUACUGUGUCUCGAUUUCUAAAGAAUAAACGAUGAAGAAAUUCUUGCAGCUCGGCCGUGUGCUGUGUAAGCUGGUGUGAAUCCAAGCUCCGUCGUAAGUCACCUUGCAGAUGGCUGUGAAGGAACGGCCGUGUUACUGGGGAUGUUACCGUUACGACUUGUGAGUUAUCCCUCAGAGAACAGGUGACUGGGACAUGGAAUACUGCACUUUUAGAAGCACUGUUUCUCUCCACGAGAUGGCUACAAUCCUGGAAAAACCUUCUGAUUGUUCCUUCCUAACUCGGGGGCACUGGUCUCUCUUUACUCUGAACGUUGAUCAGUAUUUCGAAGUGUUUGUUAUCCUUUAGAAUAAUAGGAACUAAAGUUGAGCAGUUUUCUAUCUCUACUGAAUCCUCUAAUGCAGCAGAAUUCUGUGACCCUGUGCAGAAUUGUUAAAAACCUUGCCUUUCUCUAACUCCCACAAGUCCCUUUUCUCAAACCAUAUUUUUAAAAGAAAUACAUGGUUCUUUCUAAAGGCCUCCUCUUUUGUGAUUGUGCCGUUGGUUAGAGGAAUUAGAACCAUCACUCGGCCCUUUUCUCCCUCAGUCCGGCCCAUGUCACCAUCCUAGUUAAAACAGCAUGAACUGGACUCAGCUGAUGUGAGUAUUCUCUGGCGAGACUUUUUAAUUUCAUGAGCUGUUUAUCUGCUGUCACUUAUCAGGUAUCCACGUGGGACGUCGCGUGGGCUGUGGCACCUUGGGCCUGCACUUGGAGCCAGAAGGCCCAGGCCUGAGCCCCGGAUGUGCUUGCAGGAAGGCUCCAGGGGCCAGGGGUCCCACCCUCGAGUCACUACCUGUCACACAACUGGAGUACCCCGGGCUCCCCCACUCACUUUCCUGUGGAAACCUGAUCCUUUCAUCUUUACCCUUUGCCCCUGGUUGGGUCCCAAAUACACAAGAUGUACAAAUGUAAACUUGUUGAUUUUAUUAAAAUUCUUUUAAUUC